AUGAUACGAAGGCGGCUUUUAGUGUGUCGUCGAAUAUUAAAUCAACAGACCCGAAUAGCAGUAUUACUGAAUAUAAAACCAUUAAACAAUACAUGUCUUUAUCAUACAACCCCAAUGAACAGAGAAAACACAAAAGUAGAAGAUUUGAAUGCAAUAAAUUAUAAUGACUCAAUUACGAAUAAUAUAUCACCAACUUUAAAUAGUAAUUCCAACCUCAAUAAAAUAAAGAUGGAUGAAAAAAAUGAAGAAUUAGCCAAAUGGAUUAGAAAUAGUUAUAUAGAAACUCCAUUAACCAUUUCAGCAGAUAUUAAUGUACCUCUAACCUCAUAUGAUGAUGGUUAUAAUUUAGACUCCAGUGGAGGAGGUUUUAUUGGUGGAAUUCCAGCUGUCGAUGAGGACACUUUCAAUAUCAUUUGGAAAUAUAAAUUUUGCAUAGGAGACCCACAGACCGUCGAAGUGGUUAUUAAAAGAAUUAGUAAUAGAAGGACGAUAUUUAAUGUGAAACAAUUAACAUUAUUACUGUCAUCAUUAAAAGAAUUGAAAAGGUAUACACAGAUUCACCGAAUAUAUGCUGGUUACAGUGUAUAUCUAAAGUACUUUUUAGAAGAUAAUGUAAAUGGCAUUACAGACGAAGAUAAGGACUUAUUUUUGGAAUUAUUUAUGGAAUGUGAGAAAGAGUUAUCAAACUAUACAAAUUGUGAAAAAUUGUUCUCUCAUUAUAUAAAAUAUUCUAGAAUAAAAUCUGAAGUUACAUUAUUAGGUCUUCGAUCAUUUAUUGAAAACAAUAACCUUCAAGUUGCGAAGGAAUUUUUCAUACAGAUAAUGACUAAUAAAGAGACUUUUCCACUAUCAUCAAAGGACUUUUAUAAACUGUUAAAAUUUUUGAAUACAGUUAGAAAUUACAAAACUAUGGAUUAUUUCUAUCAGUUAUGGCUACACUAUAGAAAUGAAGAGAUAAAUUUAACAGAAGAUAACAUAAAUAUUACCUCUUUGAUGUAUCGAACAUACCUGUUAUCAGAUAAUGAAGAAAAGGUUAAUACAUUUUUGAAUAAUGAAAAUAUUAAAAAUAGUAAAUUUAAAACUACAAUCAGAUAUGAAUUAACUAAAUUUUACUACAAGAUAUUCUCACUAGCAAAGGUUAAUAACAAUGCUUUAUUAAUGGUUGAUAUUCCAACUGAGCUUAAAGAAGAAAUUAAACUAUAUUCUGAAAAAUUGAAGGAUAACUUUAAGGAACGCCGGUUGUUCUACUUAACGCUACUUCAAGCAUACACAAAAUUGAACAAUAUCACAGAGAUAAAGAAACUUUUGGAGAUUGUUGAUGAAGAUCCGAAUAUUGAAUUAGAUAGUGACUUCCAUGCAGGAAUAAUAACAUAUUUUAUUAAAAAUGGUAAAUUAAUCGAUUUAAUCGAUUACUACAAAGAAUUAAAAAAAAUGCAUACCAAGAUAAGUGACAAGAAAAUGUUCAUAUCUCUUUAUAGAUGUUUUCAGAAUGCUAAUAGCAUAAUAUCACAAGAAUAUAGAAAUGAAAUGUUACUGAUAUUAAAGAGUACACCUGUUUAUGAACAUGCUUUCCCUUGGAUUACAAAACAUAAACUAUUUUGGAGAGAUAAGCAUAAUUUAUCAUACCUUGAUAGUAUUACUUACUCUAAAUUUAGGUCGGCAUUAAAGGUCGACGAUUUAAUUGAAGCGAAAAUGUUGUUAAUUAGUCGUUGUCGGGAUGGAAUCAUGCCUAAUGUGAAUAUGUUCUAUAUCUUACUUAAUAUGUGUUUGGAGGGUGGGUAUAUUAAUUUAGCAACAAUGAUAGAUCAGAUGAUAAAGGAUAUGUAUCACCCUAAUUCUCACAUGACUAUGAAGAUUCAAUUAUUAUGGUUGAAAAAACAUUUACUAUUAUCUAAGAGAACUCAGGUUGCUAAAAGAGAAGAAAUUAUUAGGAUUGAGGCAAGAUUCAAGAAUAGUAUUCCUUCAUUUCAAAAUUUAAUACAAUUGGCAGAUAUAUAUUCUGGGAUAUACGAUUUUGAAAAUUGUCAAAGAAUUUUAAAAUCUGCAUUUUCAAAGAUGAACCAGGACGAUAGAAGGGAGUGGUUGAUGUAUUAUUGUACUUUGUUGAAAGCACAUUGCAAAGCCCUUGAUUGGGAGCAAUUUAUUUUAGUAUUAAAAGAUUGGAAUUCUAAUAAGAAAGCCUAUUAUCUUAAUGUGAAUACAGUCAAACAACUGAAACAAUUUAUGAAAUUUAUGACAAAACGUCAACAAGAAGAAGACAAUGUAGAAAAUGAGUCACUAGGUGAAAUAUCACUAAUCGAUAGAUACGAGAAAGAGAUACUAGCAGAGUUAUUAAAAUUGGGUCAAACCUAUGGUGUGAAUAAAAUCAAUACGCUAAACGAUAUGGAUACGGUAAGCAAGUUUCUACAGGGUGUUCUUAAGAGAAGGUUGAACGAAAUAACGAAGGAAUAUUUAGCUAAACGUCAAGAACUAAUAUCCCGAUACAAGCAUCUAGAUUAA